AGGUUAGGUUAGGUAUUCAGGCUGCAAAGACGCACACUUGGGUCCUGUUGGUCCCUUUGUGAUACCUGUAAAGAUAAUAAAAUAUAAAAAGAAAGAGGGUAGAGGAUAGUAGAAGAUAGUUUAGGAUUAAGUCAUAGAAGAGAAAUUGAAGUGGAAGAGAAGAUUGAGAGGUCUGUCCUUGCGGACUAGUGAGUGCCUUAAUUAUGGCUUGGUGGUCCUAAAACCACUCUUUAUAAAAAAAAGAAAAUUAUGAUUCAAACAAUCACCUUUAUAAAUUCGCCUUUUUAUAAACAAAAACACAUUUUAGCUUACUAGACGCGCACAAAUUUUAUAACUUUGUGUAUAAUUUUUUAAAUAAAAAAAGAAUGCCUUUAAUAGUUAUUUCGGGUUAUCCAGCAAGUGGUAAAACCAAAAGAGCUUUGGAAUUGCAGAAAUUCUUUGAAGAAAAGGGGAAACGAGUGCAUCACAUUUCAGAGAAUAAAGCCAUACCCAAGGCGGGGUUUCAUAAAAAUGUUUAUUUUGCCGAUUCCCAAAAGGAAAAGGUGGUCAGGAGUGAUUUGAAGUCGGAAGCUUUAAGGUUGCUGGAUAAAGAAAGUGUAGUAAUACUAGAUGCUGGCAAUUAUAUUAAGGGUUAUCGUUAUGAAUUGUUUUGUGCCACCAAAGCGGCCAGAAGUACUCAGUGCACCUUGUUUUGUGGCAUACAAAAACAGCGAGCAUGGGAAUUUAAUCAACAGAGAAGUGGUGAAGAAGUGUUGGAUCUGGCCAAAGUGGAUGAUGUUUCUAAAUUGGACAACUCAAAUAUUCCUUAUAGUCAGGAGAUAUUUGAAGGCUUAUGUAUGCGUUUCGAAGAGCCUCACGGGAAUUGUAGAUGGGAUAGUCCCUUAUUUGUCUCUUUCCCAGAUGAUAAUUUAGAAUUUGAGGCCAUAUUUAGUGCUUUAUUUGAAUCUAAACCUUUGCCUCCUAAUCAGUCAACACAAAAUCCUCCUCUAAGUUCUACUAAUUACUUGUUCGAACUGGAUCGUUUAACUCAGGAAAUUGUGGGUAAUGUAUUGGCUGCUCGUAAAAUUGGCGUCAUGGGUCCAGUACCUGUUAAAAAUAGUGAAAUCAAGGUUCAAGUACCGGCCAAUAUGAAUGCUAUACAACUAAAUAGACUGCGCAGGCAGUUUCUCAACUAUAGUAAACACCACCAUGCUACCUCUAGUUCUUUGGACAAAGUGCCUCAAUUAUUUGUGCAAUUUCUAAACUCCAACUGCGGGGAAAAUUAAAAAAACAAGUGAAUAUUUUUACAUGUGCUCUUUUUUAAUAUAAAGUCUUUAUUUAUAUAAUUUUUUAUCACUUAUUCUAGUUGCAUCUAAAAAUUAAAAAUUCAUUUGUCUUAUUAACAACAUGAUUUCCAAUACAUUUCCUUGGAAGUCGUUAAAAAAAUCAAGUUAACAUUAAAAAUAAAAAGAAAAUAAAAAAAUUAAAUGAAAAAUUCA